AUCUAGUUAAAAAAAACGGUUUGUCUGUUUACUUGCACAAAAUAAGACGAAAACAACACACACAAAGAUAAAAAGAAUGUGAAAACAAGAAAGUCGGUGCCGUAAAUGCCCUUCACUCUCACACUGUUUAAUACACCACCUCCCACACGCUCCCUUCUCUGGGGUUUGUUUCAUUCACUUCUCUCGAUCAAUCCCCAUUACCAUGAACACCAUCACCAAUCUCUAACAACCCUCACAUAAACAUAGCGUUAUGGGGCAAGAAAACCACUUAACUCAAAAGAGAACCACCAGCGUCGGAGGAGUAUUACCAACCACCACACCAACGACCUCACGAAACCGUUCACUGCCACGUGGACGUCAGAUCCAGAAAACAUUCAACAACAUCAAGAUCACAAUUCUCUGCGGGUUCGUUACCAUUCUCGUCCUACGUGGCACUAUCGGUGUUAAUCUCGGAACUUCGCAAAACGACGCAGUUAAUCAGAAUGUUAUCGAGGAAACUAACCGGAUUCUCGCUGAGAUCCGAUCUGAUUCCGAUCCGGCCGAUCGGAAUCAGACCGAGACUUUUUUGAGUCUCAAUGAAACGUAUGCGCUUGGUCCUAAGAUCCGGAAUUGGGAUACGGAGAGGAGAAGUUGGCUUGAUAAGAACCCGGAAUACCCUAAUUUUGUUAGAGGGAAACCGAGGAUCUUGCUUCUUACGGGUUCGCCGCCCAAACCCUGUGAUAAUCCUAUUGGGGAUCAUUAUCUUUUGAAAUCUAUUAAGAAUAAGAUCGAUUAUUGCAGAUUGCAUGGCAUUGAAAUUGUGUACAACAUGGCUCACUUGGAUAUGGAGCUUGCAGGUUACUGGGCCAAAUUGCCCAUGAUUCGGAGGCUCAUGUUAUCACACCCUGAGGUGGAGUGGAUUUGGUGGAUGGACAGCGACGCUUUCUUUACGGACAUGGUGUUUGAGCUUCCCAUGAGUAAAUAUAAUGAUUAUAAUCUGAUUCUUCAUGGGUAUCCUGAUUUGUUGUUCGAGCAGAAUUCUUGGAUUGCAGUGAACACGGGGAGCUUUUUAUUUCGCAAUUGCCAAUGGUCGUUGGAUUUGCUCGAUGCUUGGGCCCCCAUGGGCCCGAAAGGACCAAUUCGGGAGGAGGCUGGAAAGAUUUUGACAGCAAAUCUCAAGGGAAGGCCUGCAUUUGAGGCUGACGAUCAAUCGGCGUUGAUAUAUUUAUUAUUGUCAAAGAAGGACAAAUGGAUGGAAAAGGUAUUUCUUGAGAAUUCUUUUUAUUUACAUGGUUAUUGGGCUGGAUUGGUCGAUCGGUAUGAAGAGAUGAUGGAGAAGUAUCAUCCAGGGUUAGGGGAUGAGAGGUGGCCUUUUGUAACGCAUUUUGUGGGGUGUAAGCCUUGUGGGAGUUAUGGAGAUUAUCCAGUGGAGAGAUGCCUUAGUAGCAUGGAGAGGGCUUACAAUUUUGCCGAUAAUCAAGUGCUUAAGCUCUACGGGUUUAGGCACCGUGGAUUGUUAAGCCCUAAAAUCAAGCGGAUCAGGAAUGAGACGAUUACUCCUUUGGAGUUUGUAGACCAGUUCGAUAUACGAAGGCAACAUACAGACAAGGUGGAAUCAAGAAAUUAGAUUAAGGUUUCAAAUUGCAGUUUUUGGUAUUAUGGUUGAUAAUUGCAGUCAAUACAACCUCAAUUGCUGGCACAACAUUAGAGAAACAUUGAUAUUUGGUUUCACCUGAAACAUUCAUGAUGCAGAGGUUCCAGAAUGUAAUUUAAAACCAUGAGGAAAGUAACAUGUCUGGGGUGGUAAUGCAUAGGCUAUAUUUAUAAGUGGAAUACGAUGCAAAGAUGGUGAAACAUGUAGCUUUUUCUCUUUUGUUUUAUUGUCUUGGUAAGUUAAUAGGAACACCAUAUAGGAUAAAAUUCUUUCAUACAAGUUGUUAUUUUUCGGAAUCAUGUUUGAGUAAUCAGUACUUUUUUACUGAUCUGCUGUA